AUGCUGCGAUUCACAUCAUCAAAACUAUCCGAUUGUUCUUUUAAAAUCGAUAGUGCGAAUCUUGGGAUUCACUGGAUUGAAACAGUCAGUCGUGUACUGAAACCACCUGGCGGUGGACAUACAAAUAUAUUCUCUGAGCGCGAAGUCGCAGUGAAUGCACCACGUCCCAAAUACAAUCAACAGAAUUCUUCUAAUUUGAAUGCCUGCAUGGGCUCCACUGACCCCAACAAAGUGGUGGAAAAGUUGCGAGAAGAUAUUAACAUCCAAAAGGAAGAGGUCAAAUCCAAGCCGCCCAGUCAACAGAACAAAGACAACGGCAGUGACAACAAGUCGACGAAUGCCAGCGAACCAUCUCGUGGUCGAGUGCCUCCUGGUGGUUACUCAUCCGGUGGCUUCUGGUGGUCUGGUUUAACAUAUAGCCACCGCAUAUUUAAAUAUUUACAUUUAUUACAUAAAGCGCUUGAAACAUGA